AUGGCCUCCGCAUCUGCAUUUUUCCUUACCCGGUGCAUUGCUGUAGCUCUGGGAAUCCGUUUCAUUGUAAUGGUAAUGAUAUGGAGUGCUGUCAUCAUAAAUUCAUUAUUCAACCAAGCAGUGCCAAUUUCCUUGAAUGAAAGUUACUGUGGCCCAUGUCCUAAAAACUGGCUAUGUUAUAAAAACAACUGCUACCAUUUUUUUAAUGAAAGCAGGGACUGGUUUCAGAGCCAAGCUUCCUGCAUGUCUCAAAAUUCCAGUCUCCUGAAGAUAUACAGCAAAGAGGACCAGGAUUUCUUUAAAUUGGUGAAGUCCUAUCAUUGGAUGGGACUAAAAAAAAAUCCAACAAAUGAAACCUGGCAGUGGGAAGAUGGCUCCAUUCUCUCUCCAGAUCAAGUAACAAUGGUUGACAUGGCAAACGGAUCCUGUGCAGUUUAUGGCUCCAGUUUUAAAGGUUACACAGAAAACUGUCUAACCCCAUACACAUACAUCUGCAUGCAGCCGAUUGUGUGAAGAGUUUAUUUAUAAAAUAUAAAGGAUUUCAAAAUAAAAAACGCCAUUCUCUGACUUUCUUCAUGAAUAAAACUUCCAGAAGAAAAUGCCACCAUUAUUUAUUAACUAUUUUUUUCAUCUGACAUGCCACAAACCAUAUACUUGCAGCAAAUAAAA